CCUUCUGUUCCUUCUUCUCUCUAUCUUCCCCAUGUCCCAUCCUCAUACUCUCUUCUUCUUCUUCUUCUUCUUCUAACUCUCGCUCACUUCUCCCCCCCCCCCCCACCUCCUCAAUAUACACUACAUCCCUCUCGGCAACAUAUUACUUCAAUCACCACCUUGUACUCGUACGCUUUCCUCCUCUUGCACCAUCCACACUUCACAAUUCCAACCUUCUCUUACUUGUUUCGCCGGCGAAACCCACUAGCUCCGUCACGUCGGUGUGUGACCCUUUAUGGCUAAAUGCCCCAAAACGAAACCCGCUGUCAACUUGGUGCACUUACCAAUAGCUCAACUUCAUAUGAGAGCCCGGUUCUCACCUUGAAUCUCAGGGAACCAGAGAAGCCCAAUCUCAACACUCAUUUGAACUCCGUUUGUGCAAUGACUUCCACGAACUCAACAUCCACUGACCCGCUUCUUCCUUCCGCUGCAGUCGAGGACAUCGCCGUCAAGACUGUGAACAAGCGCUACGAAGGCUUAGUCACUGUGCGGACAAAAGCCUUGAAGGGAAAAGGAGCUUGGUACUGGGCGCAUUUGGAGCCUAUUCUGAUUCGAAACUCUGAUUCUGGCCUUCCCAAAUCCGUGAAGCUCAAAUGUUCCUUGUGUGACUCCGUUUUCUCUGCGUCAAACCCGUCGAGAACUGCUUCGGAGCACUUGAAGAGGGGAACAUGCCCCAACUUCAGCUCUGGCUUGAGACCCAAUUCUUCAAUUUCGCCUAUGCCAAUAUCUUCUGUGGCUUUGCCUAAUUCAAACAAUCACAACAAGAAGAGAAGCUCUCCUCAUAUGGGUGUCACUUCUCCUUAUCAAAAUCAUUCCUUAGCAUUGGUUGAGUCCUCUCGAUUUUGUAGUGAACUGGGAUACUCACCAACCCAACUUAACAUGGGGACAAAUCAACAACAUUUGAUUUUGUCUGGUGGGAAGGAAGAUUUAUGUGCAUUGGCUAUGUUUGAAGACAGCGUGAAGAGGCUCAAGAGUCCCAAGACCUCUCCUUGUCCUGCUUUGAGCAGGGAACAGAUUAACUCUGCUAUAGAUUUGCUCGCUGAUUGGUUUUACGAGUCAUGCGGGUAUGUGUCUUUAUCGACCCUUGAGCACCCAAAGUUUCAAGCCUUUCUCAGCCAAGUGGGUUUGCCAACGAAUUUGCGUCGUGAGAUAUCGGGUCCUCGACUUGAUGCCAAGUUCAAUGAGGCCGAGACUGAGUCAGAAGCCAAAAUACGAGAUGCAAUGUUUUUCCAAGUGGCUAGCGAAGGUUGGAAGAACAAUAAUUGGUAUAGCUUGUGUUGUGGAGGAGAGAAUUUGGUGAAGUUUACUGUGAAUCUUCCGAAUGGGGCUAGUGUGUUCCAAAAGGCAGUCUUCACCGGCGGAGUUGUGUCUCCCAAAUAUGCAGAGGAGAUUUUGUGGGAAACAGUCACGAGUAUUAGUGGGAGUUCUGUGCAGAGAUGUGCAGGAAUUGUAGCAGAUAAAUAUAAGGCCAAAGCAUUAAGGAACUUGGAGAUUCAAAAUCAUUGGAUGGUAAAUAUCCCUUGUCAGCUUCAGGGCUUCAUUAGUUUAAUCAAGGACUUUAACAACGACCUCCCACUUUUCAGGGUUGUCACUGAAAAUUGCUUAAAGGUUGCAAAUUUUAUAAACAAUGAAUCCCAUGUCAGGAAUAGUUUUCUCAAAUUGCGCAUGCAGGAGCUUGAGUGUUCUGGGUUGCUUCGUGUUCCUUCACUUAAAUGUGAUCCUCUUAAGAACUUCGCAUCUGUCUUUCCAAUGUUGGAGGACUUCUUGAGCUGUGCUAGAGUGAUCCAAAUGGUUAUGUUGGAGGACUCGUUUAAGGUAACAUGCAUGGAGGAUCCACUAGCAAGGGAAGUUGCUGAAUUGACUCAAAGUGACAGGUUUUGGAAUGAAUUGGAGGCAGUUUAUUCACUUGUAAAACUUAUCAAAGCAAUGGUUCGUGACAUGGAGGCUGAGAGACCACUGAUUGGUCGAUGCCUUCCUCUUUGGGAGGAGCUGAGAGCCAAAGUGAAGGAGUGGUGUGCAAAAUAUAGCAUAGUGGAAGGACCUGUGGAGAAAAUACUUGAAAAAAGGUUCAGAAAAAAUUACCACCCUGCAUGGUCAGCUGCAUUUAUUCUCGACCCACUCUACUUGAUUAAAGACACAAGUGGAAAGUACCUUCCUCCGUUCAGAUGCUUGACACGUGAACAAGAGAAAGAUGUAGACAAGCUAUUGACAAGGCUAGCUUCUAAAGAAGAAGCUCAUAUUGUGUUAAUGGAGCUCAUGAAGUGGAGGUCAGAAGGGCUGGACCCACUUUAUGCUCAGGCUGUUCAAAUGAAACAAAAGGAUCCAGUGACUGGGAAGAUGAAAGUUGCAAACCCACUGAGUAGUAGACUUGUUUGGGAAACUUGCUUAAGUGAGUUUAAAUCCCUGGGGAAGAUUGCAGUAAGGCUUAUUUUUCUCCAUGCAACCUCGUGCGGAUUGAAGAGCAAUUGGUCUUUCAUGAGAAAAAUUGCUGGGAAUAAGCACUCAAGAAUUGCAUUGGAAAGAGCUCAGAAAAUGAUAUACAUUGCCGGUCAUGCCAAGCUUGAGAGGCGAGACAUUUUGAAUGAGGAAGAAAAGGAUGCAGAACUGUUUGCCAUGACAGGCAGUGAGGAUGGCAUGCUGGCUGAGGUCUUUGCUGAUGCACCCUUAGUAGUUGGAGAUGCUUGAACCAGCAGGGUGGACAUCAAACAUAAAUUUGAAAAUUGGUCAUGACACCUGACCUGGGUCAACCUCGGAAGAGCACAAGAAAGAAUCUUUGUGGCCAAAAAAGACACUCGUAAAAAAAAAAAAAAAAAUGCCUGGCAAGCAUAUCACUGGGUGUGUUUUUUUCUGCAAAUUUGGUUAGGCCCACAUGGAGAGAGUGGUUGUCUAAGUCAUUGCUUUAAUAUGUCAUGGUCAAAGAAAAGUGAGGUAUAAGUGGCUUUCCUUCACAUCUAUCCACUCUCUCUUUCUGUGUUUGUUGUUUCUGCUCAGCUAAUUGUCCCACAACCUUUGAAUUAACCUCUAGGCUCGCCAUGAUUGCUGAAAAGUCUCUGGGAAAGUGGAAGCAAGAUUGAGGCCAAGAAAAAGGUGGAAGCAAGGAGGCCUGUCGGCAUGAGGAGCUACAUGAUAUGGAUGAAUGGUGUACUGCAACAUUAUUUAGCUGUUUUUGCAUGCAAUUUCAGGCGAUUUCAUUUUACCAUGAACGGCAACUUGGUAGUUCAAAGACUUCUGGUUUUGAUUACAUCUCAUACUAUUUUUCAAUCUUCCUGUCACUGUCAUAUGCCUAUGACACCAUUUUUUGGUUCAAAAAUUAGAGGAAUUGGUAGGAGUGUAUACUGACAUGGGAUAUAUGCUAUGGAAAAUUCUCAAGUGAAUCAAACCAAUUACAGAUGAACACGUAAACACAUGAUAAGUGGGUCCUACUAUAUAGAUAUAAUUAAAUCAAAUUUACCUGAGAAUUUUUCCAUAUCCACUUAAGGCAAGCAUUUUCCUCUUCCCCACUAGGGUUGAUGUUACUUCUGCCACUUCAUCUGUGCAUGCAUGGCUUUUGUCAUGAGCAGGUGCAACAUUUAAAUCCAUGAGAUACAGAAAUUGGCUUUUAAAUUUCUCUUGCAUGUGGUACGAAGUCAGUCUCUUCCCUUCAGAGUACUCUUAGUUUUUUUUCCCCUGAAAAAAAAAAAACAGAAAAGAAUCUUUGAAUGAGAAAUAUAGUUCACUAUUGAUUAAAUCAUUAACCAAUAUGUCCUUCUGCUGCAGGUGCUCUGAUUAAUCUGGUUGCAGCGCUGAUAUGAAAUCUACUUUUAUCUCUCUUUUUUUACAGUAUUGUACGCAGUAAUUUAUUUACUGCCAAGAAUGCGGAUUCCAACUAUAUCCAUGAUCUCAUAACAUGGAUCUGAGUUUAUCCACCGACCUCAAAGGCCAGAAAUAAUGAGAGGGUUUCUCAAAGUCAAACAAGGAGGUAAAAGGAAAAGAUGUGGGGACUGAAGUAAUUAGUGGUAGAGUAGAAUGCUGUAUUGCUGAUUUCAUUUCUGGUUUAUCUUUCUACUUAAUUUGGUGUAGCGACAGUCCAUCAUGUCGGCAAGGCCAAGCAAUUCUGACUGCUUACCAACCAAAAGGAGAAAAAAAAAAAAAACACCCUCUAUUUAUUUAUUAAUAUUAAUUGUUAUUUUGAUGUAAAGGUUUUAUUCUUUGCUUGUAUUGUAUGGCAUAAUUUUAGUUUCAUUGUACACGGUUCCUUCUUAUAAGGAAGAUGGAGGUUGUGAUGAUUGGCACAGGACAAUACAUCUUUUUUGCAAGAAUCUUCCCACCUUCAAUGUUCCCACAUGAUUAAUCUUUAUUGUCUUUUCCUUUUUCU